AUGGAGAUCUUAUCUUUUGGGAGCCCACUCAUCAAUAUUCACCAAAGGUGCCGAACGGGGUGCCGAAGGGCACUGCCGAAGGGAACUGCCGAAGGCAUCUGCCGAAGGGCACUGAAGAAGGGGAGAAUGACAGAAGCUUUUUGUGUCGCUUCCCACAGACGGCGCCAAACUGUUGACGCUCAAAAAUGGUUCGGCACUUUUGAGGCUAACUUAGUGAUGAGGUGUGAUGGAUGA